UAAACAUAAGCCCAAAAGACAGUCAAAGCCCUUUCUAUUUAAUGCCAAUUCUGAUCCACACUACUCCAGUCGCAAAACCCUAGCUAUUUCCCUCCGGUUUGCAUCGUUUCUCCUGUAAAAGAUUUAAUCAUGAGUAAGCUUCAGAGUGAUGCUCUGAGGGAGGCAAUUUCUGGGAUUAAAAAUGAUGCUACUGAAAAAGGCCGCAAAUUUACUGAAACAAUUGAACUUCAGAUUGGGUUGAAGAACUAUGAUCCCCAAAAGGACAAGCGUUUUAGUGGUUCAGUUAAGUUGCAACACAUUCCUCGUCCCAAGAUGAAGGUUUGCAUGCUUGGAGAUGCACAACAUGUUGAAGAGGCUGAGAGGAUUGGUUUGGAGUGGAUGGAUGUGGAAGCAUUGAAAAAGUUGAACAAGAACAAGAAGCUGGUGAAGAAGCUUGCAAAGAAGUACCAUGCUUUCCUUGCUUCUGAAGCAGUCAUCAAGCAGAUCCCUCGUUUGCUCGGCCCUGGUCUUAACAAAGCAGGAAAAUUCCCUACUCUUGUCACUCACCAGGAGCCCUUAGAGAACAAGGUGAAUGAGACCAAAGCAACAGUGAAGUUCCAGCUGAAGAAGGUUCUCUGCAUGGGUGUUGCUGUUGGUAACUGUAGCAUGGAGGAGAAACAGAUCUUCCAGAACGUGCAAAUGAGUGUCAACUUUCUUGUUUCACUAUUGAAAAAGAACUGGCAAAAUGUUCGUUGCCUGUACCUGAAGAGUACCAUGGGCAAGCCUUACCGUAUUUUCUAAGUGCCUUCCUGCGAGUUUUGCUUGAUCUUUGGGAGCCGCAUUUUUGUUACAUGUGUACUAGAGUAUUCAAAGCAUUAGUAUACUUGGAUCGUGACUUUCUGUUGUGAUGGUGACUAUCAUCUUUUUGUUUCAUUGUCCUUGGCGACUUUAAUGUUAUACAUGAUGUGCUGACCCUAUGGGCAGUUUUGGCUA